GCGCUUAUACGGUGGCCACACUUUUGUUAUUAACAUUUCUGUUCAACAAAAACAUUAAUAAACAUUAGUAAAAGUGCAAUCAUAGUGCAAUAAAGACAGUUCAUAUACAGAAACGUAGUCGAGAUUAGCUGGUAACCACCACCGGUGACCCAGUUUUCUGUGGAAUUUACCAAGUAGCCUUUAGGUUUUACUUAGUUUUUUUUUUUAAAUUUAACGCUUUCGAUGUCGGAUUCGCUGAUCAUUUGCGUUUCCGACUACUGGCAGCGAUGUAAUUACCACAAUCGUCCAAAUCCAGAAGCCGGCGACGCCUGGCCAAAAUCCAAGCCGCUGCGGAGGCUGUGCAUCCAUGUGGACGCCAUCAAUGGUAAUUACUACCUACGCGAAUUGCUGCACCAGCACGUGCUUGCCGAGAGCCUCAGGCGCAACCAUGGCGUCCAGCUGGUCUGGUUGCAAUUCGAGGAACCGCAGAAGGACACCAUUGACUACAGAUUCGCCGACAUGCUGGCACACACGCUGUGGGAGCGCAUCGAGGUGGAGCACCUCAUGUCCUGGCUGUCCACACUGGGCGGCGGAUUCUCCGCCCUUGGCGAGCAGUUCGAGCGAUGUGCGAAAACGGCCGGCAAGAUUUCGCUGCAGCAGCUAAAGAUUGGCCUGCGACUCGGUGAUCCCUUCCUGCAGACGCGCUGCAAGCUGUACUACAGCAUUUCCCUAAUCCAGCGGGGUCAACUACGGAUGGCGAAGCAUUUGAUCCGUGAGCAGUACCAGUUCGCGAGUAAAAACAUCGAGAAGGAUGUGCGGCUGAUGCGGAUGUGUCUGGGCAUUUGGCGGCGACUUAGCUACGAGUACGAGCAGCGAAGACUGCGGAAGGGAGGCAACUAAGUUGAACCUGGAAGCGCAAAUUAUUUCGAUCAAAGAUCUAAAAAUUUUACAUUAUAUGGUCUGUUUUCCUUUUUCUGUUCAGCAAAGUCAAAUAUAUUUUUCAAUUUAUUUAUUUAA